CUCUUCCUGAGACUGUAUGUGUCUGACGCUUGCGUCGUUACUGUAGGUACUAGUUAAAGACGACUGCCCCAAACGCACACACACACCGACACAAACACACACACGCUGCCUGUGGUUUAGAGAAACUCGUGGCAUGAGUCGCUCUGCUCCGGUACCUGUCGCUCUCUGCCUGUCUGUGGGAUUUCUGCCCAGACGUCUCUGGAUUUGAUGGUGCUCGGGGGUGUGUGUUCACAGCUGCUAGUGGAGUAUGGGUACAACUGCCAGUGCUGCUCCCCAGCCCACGCUGCAUGAGAGUUUCCACGGCAACGGGAUGACGGACAGCAGGCGGUCGCAGAGCAGCGCCUCCUUCCAGACACUCAGCAUCCACAAUAACAAGGCCAAAUCCAUCAUCACUAAUAAAGUGGCACCAGUGGUCAUCACGUAUAACUGUAGACAGGAGUUUCAGAUCCAUGAUGAUGUUCUCCGAACAAACUAUAAAGUUGGGAGGAUUUCAGACAACAUGCCUGAGCACUAUUUGGUCCAGGGUUCUUACUUCAUGGUCCAAGACGUGUACGGCAAAGCGGAUGUUCUCAACACCACCGGCUCGUACGGAGCGCCCAACUUCAGGCAAAGCAAAGGCAGCCAUCCACUGUACGGCAUGGGACAGCCGAGUCUGAAUGGUUUCAAACAGGUCCUGCAGAGACUGCAGGGUGAAGGUCAUCAGGAGGUCAUUUUCUUCUGUUUACGUGAGGAGCCCGUGAUGUUCCUGCAUCUGGAUGAAGACUUUAUUCCCUAUACUCCCAGGAGGAAAGAAAACCUUCAUGAGAAUCUGCACAUCCUGGAGCGAGACGUCUCUUCUGAGAGUCUGGAGCUCAUCAUCAGAAAAGAGCUUCAUGACUUUGCCAAACUGAAUGAAAAUGUGUUCUACGUCUAUAAUGACAUUGAGCACUUUAAAGGAGAACCUCAGAAGAUCUCCAUAAACUGUGAGGAGGACAUCCACGUGACAGAGGAGGUGUAUAAAAGACCCCGCUUUACCAUGCCCACGUACAGCUAUUACCGGAUGCCUCUUCCAGCCGAGGGAGCGCCUCUGGAGGACGUCUUUGAUGUGUUUGUGAACAUUCUCAGGGAGAACCCGUGUCUGUCAUUGAGUCGUGAUGUGUCCCUGCCGCUGCCCGCACUGUUGUUCAGCUGUCAGGUGGGCGUGGGCCGUACAAACCUGGGCAUGAUCCUCGGCUCCCUGGUGAUGAUGCACCUCACACCAGCAUCUCAAGAGACGAGCUCACCAGCUGAAGAUGAUGUACCAGACAAACCUAAAAUGGACUUCCAGGUCAUUCAGUCGCUCAUCAGUAAGCUGCCCAAAGGUCAAGAGGUCAUGGAGGAGGUCGAUCGGGCCAUUGACUUGUGCUCUGAAAUGCACGACAUCAGAGAGUCGAUAUAUGAGAACAAACGCAAGCUGGAGGGAAUCGGUGAAGAUUAUCAGAUCCAGGGAAGUAGUACUAAAAACUACUUCCUCCAGCGAACACUGCAGAGCCUGGAGCGAUAUUUCUAUCUGAUCGUCUUCAACGCUUACCUGCAUGAACAGUAUCCGCUGGCGUUCGCGUGUAGUUUCAGCCGAUGGAUGUGCACUCACUCUUGGAUUUACCGCCUCCUGUCCUGCAUGAACCAAUCAGAGCUCAGAGCCCCAGCCGAUCUCGUCACGAAAGGAGCCCGAGUUCUGGUGGCGGAUGAAAGUUUAGCACCCGACGUUCUCAGCACCAUUAAGGAAAUGAAAGUGGCUAACUUCCGCCGAGUGCCCAAGAUGUGGAUCUACGGCAUGGCACAGCCCACGUCUGAGGCGACGGGAGCCGUUCUGGCGUAUCUGACGGAUGAGAAGAGGAAGCACAGCAGUGUGCUGUGGGUGAAUUUACAGGACGAGCUGGUGCUGGAGGCGAACGGACAGAUCUUUUGUCCGAGAGAGCCCAGCCGUGUGGAUCAGCACAUACGUGUGCUUCCCUCGCAGGCCCACCAGAUGGAGAGAUUGGAGACGGGACUGAAAGAAGAACUGGUGGGGAAUCAGAAGUGGCUGGAAGUGAUUCUGGAGCACGAGAAGCAGAUGAAGAUGUUUAAGAGUUGCGUGACGGUGCAGGAGAUGUUUCAUCUUCACAAGAGUUCACAUCAGGGUCUGCAGUACAGACGGAUUCCUCUGCCAGACUGCUCUGCUCCCACUGAAGAGGGUUUUGACAGAUUGCUGGAGGCCAUGAAGUCUUGUCUGGCAGAAGAUUCUCUCUCUGCGUUUGUGUUCAACUGUGGGAACGGUAAAGCUCGGACGACCACGGCCAUGGUCAUCGCUGCUCUGACGCUCUGGCAUUUCAACGGUUUUCCUGAAUGUGCUGAGGAUGAGAUCGUAAGCGUUCCUGAUGCCAAAUACACAAAGGGCGAGUUUGAGGUGGUGAUGAAGCUGGUGAGAUUGCUCCCAGACGGUCACAGGAUGAAGAAGGAGGUGGACAUGGCGUUAGACUCCGUCAGUGAGACCAUGACCCCACUCCACUAUCACCUGAGAGAAAUCAUCAUCUCUACAUACAGACAGAUCAAGAGCUGUAAAUGUGAGACGGAGAUUCAGGCUUUGACUCUGAAGAGCUUGUUGUAUCUGGAGCGAUACAUGUACCUGAUUCUCUUCAACACGUAUCUUCACCUGGAGAAGAGAGACUCGUGGCAGCGCUCCUUCAGCGAUUGGAUGAUACAGGUGGCGGCUCAGGCCGGUGUUUAUGACCUGUUGAAUCAGCUGGGCUUCUCAGAAUUCGAGGACCUGCAAGGCUCAACUCUGUCCGGUCUGCGUCACCGCUGGCUGAAACAGAACCAUCACGAUCUUCCCUUCAGAGGAGAAUUCAUCUGAGACUUCAGUCCUCUUCUGUUCCUCUCGCUCGGAUGUUUGUGGGCUGAACUUUAACAGUUGAACAAAUGCAAACAUCUCUGUGAGGAGCGACAUCUUCUCUUCAACGUUAUUCCACUGUUGUUUUUACCCAUUCUCAUUUAUUAAUGUCAGUAAUGAUGUUUUAUUUCCUCUUUUUCACUCCACGCCGGCCUUUUCCUCGCCCGUUAUUAACCUGUUUUUAAUUUAAUGCUUUUUUAUAUCAAGUGAAACUUUCCUUCAUAUUUUGUGCGCUUGUAUAGUUUUUUCCAUCCAGCAUUUUUUAUGCAUUUUGGUUUGUUUUCAUGUUUUACAAACCUGCAGCAAUUGUGUUUUAAAAAAAUUAUUAAGCAGAUAUCAUAAUGAAGACUUGAGCGGUCUCCAUUAAAAAGCUUUCAUACA